AUGUCCCCGAUCGCUAGAAGUGUUAUCCGAUUUACACAACGUAUAAAGAAUUCGGCUCGGCGAAACCAAACACUAGACCUUAUUAAAGCGGCUACAAAACAGCCUGACCUCGCGCACUUUACAAUUGCGAUGUGCAACAUAAAACCUAGCAUUUCUCUGAACACUUGGCUGAACACACCUACUCUUUAUAGAAACCUACUUUAUACGAGCUAUAAUGAGCCAAGAUCUUAUGCUACGGUACUGCUUGCGACACAGGAACAGGCAGAUACAAACAAGUUACAAGUAAUUCAUAUCUUUUACGAUGCGGAUAGGAAAUAUGCCGGACACGAGCUUUUCCCCGAGCGUACAAACAAGAUAACAGAUAAAUAG